AUGGAGGAGAAAACAGCGAAGGACGCGAAGGCACACGAAUCCCAGUCCUAUCAGCGGAGGAUGUGGAGACACUUCCAGGAGAGGACCAAGCCAUGGCUGAGCCCCAAACUGGGCUCCGAACGACGCGGCACCGGCGGCACCGGCGGCGGCGGCGCGGAGGGGAGCAAAAAGGAGUCGGGUCUGUGGAUGUUUAAAAGGAAAAAGAAACAGUUGGACCGGGUGUUUUCGUCCUCCCAGCCCAACCUGUGCUGCUCGACUCCUCCGGCGCCUCUCGAGGGAGACGGCUCUCUGGGAAAUGAGUCGGACCCCGGCAGCAGCGGCGGGGGGGCGACCUCGCAGCAGCGGCAGCAGCAGCAGCAGCAGCAGCGGCCGGGGGCAGCGGCGGCCGGGGCCACCGGCAGUCCCAAGCUGGCCGUGUCUCAGCUCAUCAUGUCGCACCAGAAAAGCUCCUCUCUCGGCUCCGCUUGCUUCGAGAAGCUGGUGGUGGGUCCGGCGGCGGCGGCGGCGGUUGGUGAGGAGGAGCAGCUCCGCAAGAACGCCAGUGAUUCCGGCAUCAACAUUGUGGGGCCCAGUAAUGCAGAGCCCCCUCCUCGUCCUCCAAGUCCAGCCAUGUACCAGCUGGACAUCAUCCUGAAGAAAGGGAACAACUUGGCCAUUCGAGACAGGACAGGGACCAGUGACCCUUAUGUGAAGUUUAAGAUCUCCGGGAAGGAGGUGUUCAGGAGUAAGACCAUCCACAAGAACCUCAACCCAGUGUGGGAUGAGCGAGUCAGCUUGUUGGUGGAAACCCUGAGGGAACCGCUGUAUGUCAAGGUCUUUGACUAUGACUUUGGCCUUCAGGAUGACUUUAUGGGCUCAGCCUACCUCUACCUGGAAUCACUGGAACACAAGAGGACUCUGGAUUUGAACCUGGACUUGAAGGACCCCCAGUAUCCUGACCAUGACCUGGGAACCCUGGAAAUAGCCAUCACUUUGUCACCAAAGGAGGGGGAUAUCAGGGAUGCUACCAUGCUUUUGAGAAGGAACUGGAAACGAUCUAGUAAGUAUCAGAGUAUGCGUCUGUCAGAUGUGCACAGAAAAGCCCAACUUUGGCGAGGCAUUGUCAGCAUCAGCCUGAUUGAAGGUCGUGCCCUCCAGCCCAUGGACGCCAACGGCCUCAGUGACCCUUAUGUCAAGUUCCGAUUGGGUCACCAGAAAUAUAAAAGCAAGAUGAUACCCAAGACAUUAAACCCACAGUGGAGAGAGCAGUUUGACUUCCAUUUGUAUGAGGAGCAGGGAGGCUACAUAGACAUCACAGUUUGGGACAAAGAUGCUGGCAAAAAGGACGACUUCAUGGGCAGGUGUACGGUAGACCUGUCAGGACUUAGUAAAGAGCACACACACAAGCUGGACCUGCUGCUAGAGGAAGGCGAGGGCAUGCUUGUGCUCCUGGUCACACUCACAGCGUCUGCUGCUGUGUCCAUCUCAGACCUGUCAGUCAAUAUGCUAGAUGACCCACAUGAGAGACGCCAGAUCAUGCAAAGAUAUAGCUUGUUGAGGUCGUUCCAAAACCUGAAGGAUGUGGGUGUGGUGCAAGUGAAGGUCAUCAGGGCAGAGGGCUUGAUGGCAGCAGAUGUCACAGGGAAGAGCGACCCGUUCUGUGUCGUCGAGCUGAGUAACGAUCGGCUGCAGACGCACACCGUUUACAAGAACCUCAACCCCGAGUGGAAUAAGGUCUUCACCUUCAACGUGAAGGACAUCCACUCGGUGCUGGAGGUCACCGUUUACGACGAAGAUCGAGACAGAAGCGCGGACUUCCUGGGGAAAGUGGCGAUUCCUCUGCUGAACAUCCAAAAUGGAGAACGUAAAGCCUACGCCUUGAAAAGCAAGGAGCUGACAGGGCCAACAAAAGGGGUCAUCUUUCUCGAAAUAGACGUGAUUUUUAAUGCUGUGAAAGCUGGUCUCAGAACAUUAAUUCCCAUUGAGCAGAAGUAUAUCGAGGAGGAGCCCAGGGUCUCCAAACAGCUGCUCUUGCAGAACUUCAACCGAGUCAGGCGCUGUAUCAUGUUUCUGAUCAACGCAGGCUGCUACAUCAACAGCUGCUUUGAAUGGGACUCGCCGCAGAGGAGCAUCUGUGCAUUCGUGCUCUUCGUUGUAGUUGUUUGGAACUUUGAACUCUACAUGAUUCCUCUGGCACUGCUGCUGCCCUUGGCCUGGAACUACAUCCUUAUCGCGUCGGGGAAGGAUACGAGGCAAGAUGUGCAAGCAAUGGAGGACCUGCUAGAAGAUGAGGAUGAAGAUUUUGACAAAGAUGACAAGGACCCUAAAGCCGGCCCCUGGGAGGACAGUCGCCUGUCUGAAUCUGAAAGCCAUGUCCUCCAGCAUAUAUUGGCUUCCUGGCACUUUGAGUGGAUACGAGUGAUGGUGGACUCGGAGAGAAAGGGCUUCAUGAACAAGCUAUAUGCCAUUCAGGACGUGUGCAUCAGUGUGCAGAAUGCGCUGGAUGAGGUGGCCUCCUAUGGCGAGAGGAUAAAGAACACAUUUAACUGGACUGUGCCUUUCCUAAGCUGGCUGGCCAUUGUGGCUCUGGUUGUGGCCACCAUCAUCAUCUACUUCAUCCCCCUGCGAUACAUCGUCCUAGCCUGGGGGGUGAACAAAUUCACCAAGAAGCUGCGAGACCCCUACACCAUCGACAACAAUGAGCUCCUCGACUUCCUGUCCAGAGUGCCCUCAGACGUGCAAGUGGUGCAGUACCGAGAGCUGAAACUGGAUCCCAAUCCCAGUCCAAAUAAAAGGAAGAAAAACACCCCCGGGUAGAUGACUGUGUCCGCCCACCGACUUCUCUCUUCUCCUCUUUUCUUCUCUCCGUCUAUCACCGGACACUGAGGAGCAGAGGGAGGCGGGUCUCCCUCCUCUGCUUUUUUUCUUUCUCUCUACUCUGUUUUUCUGUGUUAGAUUAUAUAUACACUCUGCGAGAGACAGAUUCCUGAGGUAUAAUUCUUUUGUAAGAAAAAAAAAGAAAAGAAAAACCAAAACUGCAUAUGAGAAAUAUCUUGAACUCGUCUUCAUCGUGCUUUUGAUUGAUUUUAAUGGUGAGUGCGAAGGAUGGAUGGAAGGCUUGACCGUUUUCUCAGCCAUGUGAGCAUCUCGUUUCUUCUUUCCAUCAUUCUGACAGCAUGGAGGAUUCCCCCGUUCGUUUG